UCCGCUAGCGCUGCUGCCUGCGCCUACCCGCUUCCGCGAGACUGAGUUGGGCUCUGCUGAGCGAAAAUGUAUAAAACAAUGAAAUAAGUUGAUGUUUUAUAGCAAUUUUAGUUUAAAUGCUUAGGAGAAUGUCUUCGUUUCGGAGGAUCAGUCAAUGGUUUCAACCUGAACCCGAGAAUGUCGUACUAAAUUGGAUUAGAGGAGCAAAUGUCGUCUUCGGGCCAGUGACAAGACGAUAUUUGGACUCUUUUGAAAAGUACAGUGGAGAUGGCAAGCAUAUCACAGAAAAACAGCUGAUGAAAGCUAUGAAUGAAAUUGGUUUCUUUCCUACUAAAUCACAAGUGUAUUGUAUGCUUUACACUGCUGCUGAAUGUUGCCCAAGAGAUAAUACAGAUUACAUCACCUUUGGAGAGUUUUGUAUAUUUGCCUCAGAAUUAGAACAACAGUAUGUGCGACCAAGUAUUCUUCCUAGCCUUACCUCACCCUCACAUUCCAGAUAUAGACCCAUCCCUCCUAGUCCUUCCAAGAAGCAAAGCUCAUCAGUGAUUUCAAAUUUCAAUGUAUUUUUAGGUGGCUCGUGCAAUCCUACUACGUGGAGGAGAGAUGUAGCUAUUCCUCUGCUUAAAGAGUAUAGCCUUACCUACUACAACCCACAAGUAGAAUCUUGGAGUCCUGACCUGAUAGAGAUUGAAGACAAGGCCAAGAGACUUGCUGACCUCCUCCUGUUUGUCAUCGAUAAUUCUACCCGUAGCAUAGCCUCCAUGGUGGAAGCUUCAUUUCUUGCAGGUGCUCAGAGGCCACUCAUUUUGGUGCUAAAAGGAUUGCCUUCCGUUGUUGAGAAUGAGAGAUUAACAGAAAACACUACUUCUUCCACCUCCUCCGCUGCCUUAACCUUUGACCUCAGUAAUGAUGAUGACCCCUAUGACCCCGACAGGGAACUGGCCGACAUGGGGACGGCCCACGCCUUCCUCUGCGACCUGGUGGAGAGACAGUGUCUGCCGAUCUUUGACGACCUGGAGACCGCGCUCCAUUGCACGGCGAAGGUGCUGAACCAGGGUGUGUCGAUCCCGGAGUUGGGCCUGAGCGACGGGGCCCAGCCAGUCAAGUACCCGGAUGUCAGAAUAGGACUUAGACUGAUAAACUUGAAAGAGACUUUCCGGACAUAUGAUCUUCAAAAGACUGGCCACAUAGCAUUGACCGAUGCCCUGCUAGCAAUGAGGUCACUGACCCAGAAAGACCUGUCUUUCCCGGCCUACGAUCAGAUCGUCAGGAGUUGUAGCAAGUCCGGGGACAAACCAGAAUUUGACUACAACGAGUUCUGUUGCCUUGUGACGGAGUAUCUUUUCUAUCAACCCGCCCGCAGUGGCCUUUCAAAGUUCUUCCAGUCAACUUACAGGUUCUUCCGUCAGUUUGGGCGGAGCGAUGCCGAGGAGGAGGAGGAGGUUGAGGUCCAGCGAGAUGUCUUCCUCGGUGGAUCCUGUCGAGAUAGUCAUUGGAGGGAAAAGAUCGUCAUUCCAAUCCUUAGGAACAAUGGCAUGACCUAUUUUAAUCCUGUGGUACCCAACUGGAAUCUCAGGUACCUCCCUCUAGAGGCUCAAGCCAAGGACAACUGUAACUACCUCUUCUUUGUCAUCAAUAAUCUAUCCAGAUCAUCUGCUUCCAUGGUCGAGGUCGCUCACUAUAUUGGCCAAGAUCGAAAUGUGAUUUUGUGCAUACAGGACCUCGAAGAUGGAGUGGUCAUCAAUGGAGAGGAGCUUACUCCUAGAGCGGUCAAGGACUACAAUAGAGGGCGCCAGUACCUUGCCGACGUCGCCAGCCGCGAGCGCGUCCCGAUAUUCAAUGACGUGGAGGAGGCAACGCAUGCCCUCGUGGAGAGGAUCAGGAGAGACCAGGAGAAGGUGAUGAGGGAGAAUCCGUCCCCUUCCCAUCGGGCCUGCUACGUCCCUUCCGCUCCACAGAACCCAGCGGAACCUCGGUCACCCAUGUCCUCCUGCCUUGGACUAUGACCCUACCGCAGCUGAUGGAGCCGAUGCUGACUCACUUGCCAAAGUCCUCUAGGGAGUACUGUACCUGUAAUAUGAAAUAAUCCCUUUUGUCUUUGAUUGAGGCAAAAGUACAAGUCGUUGCUGGGGUCAUAAAACCUCAUACAGUCAAACCUGUGUUAGUAGACCUCCCUCCAAAGCAGCCACCUGCCUAUAGUGACCACUUCAAGUGAUUCCCUUGGGGCAGAAUGU